AUGUCGACCGACAGCCAUGCACGCACUGCUUCCGACUCUUCCAGCUUGACAAGCCUGUCGGAUCGCUUGUCUAGCUCCCACAUACAAGACCCGCCACAGCCACCCCCGAGACAGCAGCCGCAGACACCUCCGCGCAAGCCGGCCGCGCCGAACCCGCAGAGCCCACCGAACGUCGACGACGAGCCUGACCUUGUCCACUCUUUGUCUUCUUCAGAUCCUGCCUCUCCCACAUCAACAAGGAGCUUUGGUCUCUUUUCUGAGUUCCCAGGUCUCGGCGAGUCAGUUGAAGAACUCAUCUACAAUUCCAUGCUCGACGAUAAUACACUAUACGCCAGGGCGCAGAAGCACCUCGAGUUUCUCCGUAACUUCCCUCUAUCCUAUUACAACACGCCAGAAUGGAUGCAGACCUACAGAACUCCACAGGGAGAGCGGGGAAAGAAAGUAUUCAGCGUGCUGAACUUCAUUUCGGCGAUGUACGACACCGCAAGUGAGUUGAAGCUGAAAGGAGGGAAGCGCUAUGUCUCCGCAGCAAUCUGUGCGUGCGCUAAUGGUGCAAGAGCGUCGACAAACUUGGAUGUCAAGAGUGAAGCUCUUGCCCAAAGGUUGUCAGACCUAGCGUCCACUUGGGUCGCGUUCUUACUUUGGCCGUUUUACGCUAAUGCUCAACCCGACUUCCCAGGAAGGCAGCAGCAUAACGAGAACGCAACUCCUACGUUCAAGGAAACUGCAACUCUCGUCGACAGAGGACUGUGUUCCGCGGGGUGGUUCCCUGAAAGAGAAGGCAAGUCUAUUCUUACAUAUUCAGUCCCUCAAAUUUUCACCCAGGUGUAG